AUCACCAUCCAUAUAUACAGAAGUACCAAAAUCAAUAUCAAUAUCAAGAGAGAACAUACAAUAUAUCGAAUCGAAUGUGAAUUUUUUGUUGUUCAAAAAAUGGGUAAUCUACUUUAUUCGCGCAAAAAGAAUAAUGCAAAAGAACAAUUGGAAACAAUUGAAGAUGAAAUACAUCAAAUUGAUACAUAUAAAUUAACAGCAUUUAUAAGGCAAAAAAAUUAUCUAGCACUCAUUUAUUUUCUAUUCAUAUUGAUCUAUCCAUCCGGUUUGGCAUAUAUUUAUUUUACAUUCAACACUGUCAAUCGUAUGACAAUAUUGUAUUCAUUUUUAUUCAUAAUAUCAUUACCAAUGUUCUUAUAUCUAAUACGAAAGUAUCUGCAUUUAUAUUUUCGUUGGAUUAUUGAAAAUAAUAAUAUUCGUUUAGUGCAAUUAUUGAAAGAAAAGAAACAAAUUCUAUCAAAAGUACAAGAAACAGAAACAUUUAAUGAUGCUAAAAGUAUAUUGGAAAAAUAUGAUCCAUCAUUAUUGCGAAAUCUUUCGUUAUCAUUGAAUAAUUUAUCACAAAUAGAAUCUUCAAAAACUAUUGCUAAUACUUCGAUUCGUGAUCGACGAAAUAUCGAUACGUACAAUCGACAACGACAAUCAUUACCACAUGCACCACAAUCGAAUCGUAAUUAUAUGACACAGCCUUCAUCAUCAUCAUCAUCGACUCGGCAAACAUUAACACAGCCAACAUUAUCACCACCACCACCACCAUCAACAACAACAACAACACCAUCAAUACGUUAUGGACAACGUACAAUUAAACCAAUAUUGCCACAAAAUCGAAGUACAGUGGAAAAAUUAAUUGAUUAUAUGUUCAAUGAUGGGCCAAAUAAUCGUUAUGCAUUGAUUUGUCCAAAUUGUUCAUCACAUAAUGGUAUGGCAUUACCGGAUGAAUUUGAUUACAUUGCCUAUAUUUGUGCAUAUUGUGGUACAUUUAAUCCAUCACGUAAGAUACGUCCUACAGCACCGAAAAUGAUACAACAAAAAGCUAUUGAAGCACCAUCAUCGCCAUCGUUAACAAGACCACGAUCCAAUACGACAACAGUAUUGAAUGAUAGUAAUGUGAAAAUUUUUGAAUUAUCAAGCGUGCUCAAUAAAACGAAUGAUUCACUAAUUCGAACUCCACAUAUUGAAGAACCAGAUGAUAAUGAUGAUGAUGAUGAUAAUCGAAUGAAAUCCUCUCAUAGUGAUAAAAAUGAUAAAGAUGUUGCUUUUAAACCGACAAAAGCAAAAGAUACUCAACCGCAACAACAACAACAACAACAUAAUGAACGAAUUCGUUCAAUCGAUUCUUCAAGUGAUGAUGAAUGAUUGAAUCUGAUUCUUCAUUGAUUUUUCAUGUCCAUAGCCACCACAAAAUUAUCACCAAAAAUCAACAAAAAUUGAGAUUUUGUUUUUUUUUCUUCAUCAUUUCAUUUCACUGUAUAAAUUACCGAUUAAAUGGAAUUUAUUAUUAUAUUAUAUUUAUUUAUUA